AUGCAGAAAGAUACUAACACCAAACCUACAUUCACACAAGUAAUUGUAGCCUCCUCCUUGGGCUUGAUCAUUGCGGCGGCGAUGCAUAUUCGGAUUCGAAGGCUAAGGGAUCAGAAAAUCAUUCCAAGGAAAAGAUCCUCACACUCUGGUCAUGUUGAGAAGCUAGAAAGGUUCCCCCAUUAUGUAGCAAGGCAAAUGGGAUUUGCAGAUAGGAAACAAUGUCCAAGUUUGUGCAAAUUAGCAGCAGAAUAUAUAAGAAAAUCAGAAGGGACCGAGGAUGAUAUAUAUACAUUUUUUUCUAAUGAGCCUGGAGCUGACUCUCUAUUUAUAAAGCUAGUUGAGGAGUUCGAGAGAUGCACUCUUAGCUAUUUUGCAUUCCAUUGGAGCCAUGCUGAUCUUAUGAUUAGUCAGGUGUUGAGUUCUGAUGCCGAGCCCAAAAGGAAGCUCAAGAACAUAGUUAUGGCAGCAACUAGGGAACAAAGAUUUGAGAGGCUAACAAAAAAUUUAAAGGUGGCUAGAGUAUUCACUACAUUAGUGGAGGAAAUGAAGGCAAUGGGAAUUGCAUCAAAUGAUGACUCACAGUGUACAGAGGUCAUGGCUCCUGUGGACCACCGUGAUAGAAGUCCAGUACUCCUUUUCAUGGGCGGCGGUAUGGGAGCUGGGAAGAGCACUGUGCUCAAAGACAUUCUCAAAGAACCAUUCUGGGCAGGCGCAGCAGCAAAUGCAGUGGUAACAGAUGAAAUGCGGUCGGGACUAACAUCAAAUAGCGGAGGAGAAUGGCACCACUGUCCAAGAUUACUUUGUACUUAUUUAUGUACUAUUAUUACAUGA